AUUCGCCGCGCGUCGUACCGCGCAUGCGCCCGUCUCGCGAGUGACAAGUGACAGUUGACCUACAAAAUGUCCGCCAAAAUUUACGUUCUAUGUCUGGUGCUAGCGACAGGGAUGGCCGCACGGCACCGUCCGCGUGUCCAGCAGCAAGUCGACGUUGAUGACUACGAGCCGCAAGCGCAGGAAAGAGGGCAACAAGUUGUAUAUGCCUACGAUGGUCUGUACCGAGAUCAGGACCGAGCUGAUGAGGAGUACGAGCCGAGAGCAAUUCACAGAUCAUCAAUUCCUUCAAGAUUGAAGCAGCAAUCUCCUUUGCAAGAAUCACCCAAACAGCCGCCAGUACAGACUAUCAGGAAUUAUAACAAGGUUAACGAUGAUGGUAGCUUUACAUUUGGCUACGAAGCGGCUGACGGCUCUUUCAAGGAAGAAACCAGAGGUACCGACUGUGUAGUCCGCGGUAAAUACGGCUACGUCGACCCCGACGGCAACAAACGAGAGUUCACUUACGUGUCAGGAAAUCCUUGUGAUCCCAACAAACCGAAUGAAGACGAAGAACCUGAAGCUCCAUCGCAGGAUUCUUCGGAAAGAGACGACCCUGAACCAAACUAUCCGACUAGACCAGCGUACAGGCCGCAGACAACAGCUCGACCAGCGACCACCUACUUCCAAAAUGACUUUAGGGACGCUGAUGAAGAACCCGAAGAAGAACCUCUUCAGCACAUCAGGCAGCGUGUUGUCCAACGUCCACAGCCCGCCAGGCCAGCCCCGCGACCAACUUACCAAGCUCAACAGAUUGCUAUCACACCUCGACCUGUGCCCGUUACUACAGCCAGGGCGCUGCCACCAGCGACCACCUUUAGACCACAAAUCAUUCAAGUUACCCCUAAACCUCAGAUUCAGUACAGUCCUGAGCCCGAAUACUCACCCUCUCCUACUCCAUCUGCCGCAGGAAGACCGGGACAGAUCGAUUUUGCUGCAGAAUUUGCAAAAUUCCAUCGUGAUAAUCAAGCCCCAUCUAGUACUGCUGCCUCUCCCGGUAAAUCUAACAAUGUGGCGCCUUCUGGAAAUCCUCUAUACUCUACUGAAUUAGUCUACGAUCCUUCCAGCGGCCAGUACAACACCCAGCUCUUCCAGGCUUUACCUCAAACUACUGGGGAGCUGAACUUGAACCAACGUCUACAGCCUUACGUUGCUCAGCAGCAACAGCAAAGACCUUUCAUUCCUUCUCCUCAAAUCCCCACCGGUUCAGCUCAAGCUAGUCCAGUGUACAGACAGCAGAUACAACCUGUUAACGCUCAGGAGUUAUACCAGAGGCAACAGGCCGAGACGCAAUUCCAAAGCUCUCAACAGCUAUUCGCUCAACAGCAACAAAUCCAACAGAGCCAAUUACAAAGAGAUAGGGCGGCGGCACGAGCUCAAGCUCAAAGAUUAGCUCUCGCUCAGUCCCAAGCUUCUCAAAGGGCUCCCCAGGCAGCUCAAUACUACUAUGUGCCCAGAGGAGAGAACCCCUCAUCCGGGCAAAUCGACGCUUUCCUGAGAGGCCACGGCAUUCAGCUCUAGAUUUAGUUCAAUACCUGAGCUAGAUAAAACUAUCGAUCGACUGAGUCCAUAUAGCCAUAAAUCACGUAAAAGUAUUUAAUAUCGGUCGCACAGUGCAGUGUGGUGAUAUCUAGUUCGAAGGACAGUGGCGGCAGGCCGCGAGUGUACAUAUGCUGCGUCUCAGUACCUUAAAAUAAAACGUAGUCUUAA